GUGUGUAGCUGUUGAGCCGAACAGAAGCAGCAGCAAGAGCAAUAGCAAAAGCAACUGCAAAACUGAGAGACAGACGCAAGCACAAGUAAAUACAGAAAUAAACAAAAAAACACAUAUAUAAAUAACAACGAAGAGAAACAUUGUGAAUACAGUGAAGUGACACAAAAAGAGAACAAGACAGAGUGAAAGACACUACGGUUCCAUACACAAUAAUAUCAAGUGACAAAGCGAUAAGCAAACGAUAACAUAAUGGCUACAUUAUCAUCACAUCCCAACUACGGUUUCCACUUGGGCCCCGGCCAGGGUCUCGAGCUGCCCUCGCCCGGCGAUUACGCCUCACAGGGUCUGGGCAACGCUCAGCUCAGUCCCAGCAUGGACAUGGAUAUUAAGCGUGUGCUGCACUAUUCCCAAAGCGGCGGUUUGGCCGCCAGUCUGGCCGCCAUGGGCGGUUCACCGGGCGCUGGUCCCGGCGGUGUCAGCGGUCAGGCUGCCAGCAACAUGAGCCACCACAUGGCCCAUCACAUGCACAACGCCGUUGCCGCACAGCAAACGCUAUCGCCAAACAGCUCCAUUGGCUCCGCCGGCAGCUUAGGCAGCCAGAGCAGCCUCGGCAGCAGCGGCAUGGGCGGCGGUCUUGGCAUGGCCAGCACACAUGGUCCAGGCGCUGGCACUGGCAGCGGCGGAAAUGGCUCUAUGCACAGCCUGGCCACAUCUCCAGGCCAGGAGGGACACAUCAAGCGACCAAUGAAUGCAUUCAUGGUCUGGUCGCGCCUGCAACGUCGUCAGAUUGCCAAGGAUAAUCCCAAGAUGCACAAUUCGGAGAUCUCGAAGCGUCUGGGUGCCGAAUGGAAGCUGCUUGCCGAGUCCGAGAAACGUCCGUUCAUCGAUGAGGCGAAACGCUUGCGUGCACUGCACAUGAAAGAGCAUCCGGAUUACAAGUAUCGUCCACGUCGCAAGCCCAAGAACCCAUUGGCUGGCGGUCCACAGGGCGCACUCCAGAUGCAGGGCAACAUGAACAUGAAUAUGAACAUGAACAUGAACAUGAAUAUGGCACAACAGAAGCUGGGCGGCGGUGGUGCGGGACCAGCGGCCGGUGGUUACAAUCCCUUCCAUCAGCUGCCUCCGUACUUCGCGCCCUCACAUCAUCUGGAUCAGCCGUAUCCGGUGCCAUAUUUCACCGGCUUUGAUCCCCUGGCCCUGUCCAAGCUGCAUCAGAGUGCGGCGGCCAACAAUGCACAGACGCACAAGCAUUUGGAGGCGGCCCAAGCACAGGCGCCACAGUUGCCACCAACCUCACUGAGCAGCUUCUACUCCGGCAUCUAUUCGGGCAUCUCGGCGCCAUCGCUGUAUGCCGCCCACUCCGCGAACGCUGCCGCCGCUGGUCUCUACACCUCAUCCUCGACAUCGUCGCCUGGCUCGUCGCCGGGCACCAUCACGCCCAAUGGCAUGGAUGGAUCGAUGGACAGUGCGUUGAGGCGGCCGGUUCCGGUGCUGUAUUAGGUUCGGAUCGGGGAAGGUCCAACUGUCCCAGAGUAAAAGUACAAUUUGCAUUGUUGAAGCGUUCCCAAAGUGAUCCAUUGGUUUUAAAUCUUUAAAAGCUCUAAGUAAGCCAAGUCUAGUACGCGUAGUUCUCUCGAUUAAAACUCUAUUUAACUACUAUACUACUAUUUGUAUGUAUCUAAAGAAGCCCUAUCAAAGCAACGCUCGCAAAAGUCUAGUACAAUCUUUGCACAAAAAAGAAAAUCGUAAGAAAACAUUCCUAGCCAAUAAUAAUAAUAAUAAUAACAAGCAGAACCUUCUAACAAAUAAAUACGAUACAAAUUAUAAUGAUGCCAUACACACAUUAUCUAUAAAGAAUAUCGAUAAUUUAUUUGUGAACCUAAUUGUACAUUAAUUUUAUUUAGUUUUAAGCGUGUGCUCCUUGUUGUUUUUAUCAGCACCAAACUCUCAUAUCCUAGUUACAACUACUGUGACCCCUUCCAUAAAAAACAAACACACACACACACACACAAAUUGUAAAUAUUCUGCCCCCAUUCGUUAUAGAGUCGAAACACAGCCCAAAAAUUAUAUAACAAAACAAACAAAAACACAAAAAAAUAUAUAAGAAAUAAAAAACACAUUCGUAAAUGUAUUAUUAAUUGUAUUAAAUUUAAUGAAAAGCGAAAACAAAAGCGUUAAUACUUAAGAUGAAAAUUACAAAAUAUUUAAAAAUGAAUAAAAAAACGACAUUUAUUAA